AUGGCUCAUCACGUGUCCUCUUCCGAUCACGACCCGAACUCCGAUGCGUCCAAGGCCCGCCUCUACAACCCGUACCAAGACCUCCAGGUCCCGAUGCGAAACCUCUACCAGCUCCCAACGUCCCCGGAGUUCCUCUUCGUCGAAGAGGCUCGCCGUCAGCGUCGCUCCUGGGGAGAAAACCUAACCUUCUACACCGGCUGCUCCUAUCUGGCGGGCGCAAUCGGUGGCGGCGCCACCGGUCUCGUCUCCGGUGUCCGCUCCUUCGAGGCCGGCGACACCACCAAGCUCAGGAUCAACAGGGUACUCAACUCCUCGGGCCACACGGGUCGGGUCUGGGGAAACCGGCUGGGCGUGAUCGGGUUGAUCUAUGCGGGUGUGGAGAGUGGGAUUCAGGCGGUGAGAGAUACGGACGAUGUUUUGAAUAGCGUCGCGGCCGGACUCACCACCGGCGCGGUGUACCGAGCUGCGAGGGGCGUGAGGUCGGCCGCGGUGGCCGGAGCCGUCGGAGGAGUCUUGGUCGGUGUGGCUGUCACAGGGAAGCAGGCGCUCAAGCGAUACGUGCCGAUAUGA